AUGGCGCCAAUCAUACAGAGUUACGAAUCUCAAGAUCUCAUCAAUGUUAGUCAAGAUGCGCGGACUUCUCCUGCUAGCCAGGGGAGCGUGGUAGAGGACUCGUUGGGUGUGGCGACGAGGGGCGGUCCGGCACAGCAUGUGGACCGAGACCAUGCGGAAGCCGAUCAAGGAUAUGGCGCAGAUGAGGAGGAGCUUUAUGGAGUGAGCCCUCCAAGGCUCGUUGUGGCGGAUGCUGCGGAAUCGUUCGUCAGAGAAACUGCGCAAGGAGCCCCUGAGUUUGCCACCCAGCCGCCCAAAACAACCCACUCAGCUCCGAAACCAGUGCGCAAUGAGGAGCUGAACGGCAUUACAGUCCGUUCGUCGCACGUUGCGAGCCAUUAUCUGGAUGAUCAUUCGACCAACGAAGAGGAAGAAGGAGAUACAGCUUCAGCACAAGACAUCCGCCGGAAGAGCAGCGGCAGGUCCACAAGCAAGUCUGUCUCGAGUGCAGCUUCGAGCAAAGCGAAGGCCAAACCGCAUAUCUCUGCCCCGACGUCCGUCAUGACUAAGGCGAAAGCCACGCCCACCAGCAAUAAUUCUGCUUUCGCUGCUCUUCAAGCUCGGAGGAAUGGAAGUGCCAUCGCUGGAGCUGCGAGUACUGUUCCUAAGCUCACGAGCACGAGCGAGUCUACGGCACCACCCAAAGUUCGGGCUACCCAGGCUAUAAGGAAGGCACUGGCCGACAAGGACAAGAAUGCUCGGGCUCCUGCUCUGGAAAUGGCUGUCGACGGCAUUGACGAGAAGCCGAAGUCACGAAAGUUAGGUAUGCUUGCAGUGACACCAGCGAGAAUCAUCGAGAAGACUAUGACGCAAACCGGAGAAACAGCAGAUCAUCAGAAGCAUGCUCGCUCGAGCGCAGUUCUGGACAAGAAUAGCAAGAGCAAGUUGUCGACUGCUGAGGCUUCGAAAGCUACAAGCACCGCUAGAUACACUGGCCGAAAUACAGCACCUGCAGCCAAGGUCACUGUGCCGAGCCUCGAUGACUUCUACGAUGUACCUCUCUCUCCUCCUGGCAAGCAGGCCACGAAUGGCAAGAUUAUGCCAGAAAUCAAGUCGCAGCAACCUAGUAAGAAACAGGAGGCAGAGAAACGCAGUAGCCACGCACUUGAGAACAAAACCCGCGGUCGACCAAGAAAGCGACCAAUUGCCGAAGAUAGUGAUGACUACGUUGACGCGCCUGUACGCGUGCAGCCUGCGAAAUCGGCCCAGGCGGCAGCUGCCUUCAAGAGACGGAAAGCAGCACCUCCGAAGGCAGCACCGCCGAAGGCUACAGUAUCGAGCAGCUCCAGCACGAAGGUUGAUGAGGAGGGGAUGGACUUCGAGAACGACCACGAGUCGAUUGAAGAUUUUGAGCACGCUGUCACACAUGUGGACAAGGAGGGUAACGGAUUGGGAGGCAUAAGAAUAGAGAAGGGUGAAACUGGGAUGGUCGACGGCUCGGUGGGUGAGCUGGCUGACGACGACUCGCCACGGGCUGAGAAGACAGCUAGAAGAGCUAAUGUCGCGAAUGGCGCAUCCCAAGACAACGCCAUCUUGCUGUCAGACCGCGAAGAUUGUUCUUCGGAGCUCGAUGAGACAGAGCUAAUGCCUGCGAAGCCGAAAGCAAGGUUACGACCUUCUGCGAAGGCGGUCAAGGCUCCGCAAACACCAGCUGCACCGUCGUCGAGCCCGCCCAAUUGUGACCCUGAUCAGGCUCCUAAGCCACUUGCAGACGUUGAAGCAUCUCGUUGCUCUACCAUCAUCGGCUUCGAUAGAUCUGGUCCACGCAAUCAAGGCACUCGAUCAGUAAAGAAGCCUGCUGCUGGGACACCCUGGCAUGACCAGACAGCUGGAAUCCUUUCCCCACGCAAGAUUAUGAAGCUACAGCGCAGUACUCUGGCACGUGUAGACGCACACCAUGGACUCGGACCGUCAUCUGCUGUAGGGAGCAUGAGGUCACACCGUAAACACCGUACCGAUCGCAGAGCCCAGCCCGAAAAUGUUGCUGCGGACGUCAUAGACGCCUUAUCCGGACUGCUGGGCCAUGCCAAAGCAUCUGCUGGGGAUAUUAUGCCAGAGCUACGCACUAGAACUGAGAUCGCAGCGUGGGGCGGGCAUGACCAGGAUGAAGGCUUCCAGCUUAUUGAUGAUGCACUUCCGGCCCCAGUCGCUGCCACUAGAGGAAAGGCGCUCGAUGAAUGGUCAGUCUCCACACAGCCACCAUUACCGCGAACAGCUUCACAAGUUGCUAUGCCUCCGCCUGCCCCCAAGCACAGCAAGUUUGCAACGUUAGAUGUGCCAGCUGCUAUCCCUGUUACAAAUGCUUUAAUGGCCACAAGAGAGGUCCAGACUCAUGCACGACCUGCCACUAAAACCUCAAAGCGAGCAUCAUCAGACGAUAAGGACCUCGAGGCACCCGUCUCCAAGAAGAAAAGAUCAAGGCAAGCAGUCCAGAACAGCGUUCCAGAUCCCACGGUCGAUUUUCCUACUCAGCCGAAGCCCACCAGAAGAGCUCUGCAAGCUAUUGGGAAGUCAAAGGUCGGCAGACAGGCAUCCCAAGGCAAUGUUGAUGUUGGAGGUAGUCCUAUACCUAGGGAUAUGGUGGUCCCUGAGCAUUCUACGGCCUUAGAGAUCUUCUCGCAGCAAGCUGGUCUGUCCUCAGACUCUGCACCGGCUCAGCCAAAGCCUUCCUCUAGUAUAUCCACGACAUCAGUCCUUCCAACCGGAGAUCCUAGUUUCUUUGACCAUCUGCUGUCCAUACCAUCAUACCAGCCUCAACAGCUCGCGAGCAACGAUAAACGCAAGCCAACGUCACCCGGACAAGAAUCAAAAGCCAUGACUGGUAUUGCGAUGCGUAGGCUGGACGGCCAGCGUCUGGUCAUCCAUGACGAACUCGGUCCGCCACCCACAAAUCCCUUUGCUAGCUCGGAAGCAGCUCGCGGGCAUCUCCGGAAAGAGAGCUCUUCCUCACAACUUGCUGAGAAGCUAAGACAGCAGACUGCACCAUGUUUCCGGAAGCGCAAGAGUGAUGCUGUCGAGGUAGAAGAUCCACAGAAGACACUUGUCGAAGAAGUGCCGAAGUUGAAGAAGCAGAAUUCCACGAAGUCCGUUCGGCUUGAGACCGCUAUGUCAGCAGAAGACGACCCAGAUAGAACACUUGUAGAGGGUCUACCAAUUACGAGGAAGCGCAUAGCUACCAAAGCUGCCAAGACUGUCCAGCGAGGAGGCAGUGUUCCGGCAGAAGAGGAGUGGGAAAUGUCAGCCAUCGGAUUCUGGCGCAACGGCUUACAAAACUACCAGGUCAACAUGUUCGACGAACUGGUCGGUAUUUCGCACAAACUUAUGCGCCACCUUGUCGACCGCGAGACGGCCAUGCGCGAAGCCGUCUCCGACUAUCGUCGCCAAGGCCUGAAUAUGAUCGUUGAGAUGGAAAGGAGACAUGCUCGCGAGUAUAAGGCGUCAGUGAAGAAACUUGAGGAACGGAAGGAGAAGAUGAGAGGGGAUUUGAAUGCUAUUAGUGAGAGGCUGCAGGAUGCUGUGGCUGUUAUGGCGCAGAAGAGGGGUGAGAGGAGGGAGACUGGACGGAAGCUUGACAAGGAGGAGGGGAGGUUGGUGGAGAUAUUGGCGGGUUUGUGUUGA